ACGCUAGUAUAUGUAUAAUUUCAGACAAAGGUGGCAAUCAAUCAAUCACAGCUCAAUUCAGUUCACAGUUAGUUGUCCGUUGACGACCUUCGAGCUCCGAUUCCGAGCGAGUGGGCUGUGAUCUAAACUUCAAAGGUGGAUUGAGCAUGAAUCCCAUGUCUGUCUGUAAGACGGCAUCCUCGUCGUCAUCGUCUUCGUCGAGCUCCACUGCCAAGGCGUGGAUCGUGCACGGUCUUCUCGCCGGUGCGGCAAUCGCGGUGGCAAUUGGGGCCAGAGCCUUUCACCUCAGCAGAUCCGGGAGGUUACGGAGCCGUGUCGUUGGCAUCAUACCCGCCCGUUUCGCCUCCUCCCGGUUUCAGGGCAAGCCUCUGGUUCACAUCCUCGGCAAGCCCAUGAUUCAGAGGACAUGGGAGAGGGCUAAGCUGGCUUCAUCCUUGGAUUACCUUGUUGUGGCAACAGACGAUGAAAGGAUUGCAGAAUGCUGUCGGGGAUUUGGAGCAAAUGUGAUUAUGACUUCAGAAUCUUGCCGGAAUGGCACCGAACGCUGCAAUGAAGCUCUGGAAAAGUUGGACAAGAAAUAUGAUGUAGUUGUCAAUAUUCAAGGUGACGAGCCCCUUAUUGAGCCCGAGAUAAUCGAUGGGAUUGUUAAGGCCCUGCAGGCAGCGCCAGAUGCUGUGUUUAGUUCUGCAGUUACAUCUUUGAAACCUGAGGACGCAUUCGAUCCAAAUCGGGUUAAAUGUAUUGUGGAUAAUCGUGGCUAUGCUAUCUACUUUUCAAGGGGAUUGAUCCCAUUUAACAAGUCUGGGAAGGUGAAUCCACAGUUUCCUUAUUUGCUUCAUCUUGGAAUUCAGAGCUUUGAUGCAAAGUUUUUGAAGAUAUACCCAGAGCUCCAGCCUACUCCCCUCCAGCUCGAGGAGGAUCUCGAGCAGCUUAAAGUUCUCGAGAAUGGUUAUAAAAUGAAGAUGAUCAAAGUGGACCAUGAGGCUCAUGGUGUCGACAGUCCAGAGGAUGUCGAGAAGAUUGAAUCCUUCAUGCGCGAGAGAAACCUCUCUUAGGGCAGAAGCACCUCGUUCAUCAAGAUCAAGUCAAGAAUUUUGGAUUGAGGACAACUAGUUCGCUGCUUCUGUAGCUGUCUGUAUUUAAAGACGUGAGGGAAUACGUAUUCAUAACAGCAUUGAGUUAAUAUCAAUCAUUGGUUCAUAGACGCUUCAAUAGUAGGAUUAUAUCGUAGGCCAAUUGUGUGUCGGAGUUCGAAGUUCUGAUCUUUGUUUGUAGGAUUAUAUGUGAAAGCUGUAUGAAAUAGUAAGGAUCUUUCUAUUGAAAUGA